AUUAUUAUUGAUUUAUUUUCCUGAAAAACACAUAUAUUAAAUAUUUAUAGAAGAAUUAUUAUUGAUUUAUUUUCCUAGGUCAGCUCAGGCAUUUGCUACUAUAAAAAUCACAAAUCAGCCAAUACUGUUUGCCCUCUUUCCCAACUCCUCUCCUCCCCAUUAUCAUUUGCCUUUCCGAGUUUCGAGGCGAGCGCAUCGCAGGACUCAUUAUACAGUUUUAUAAAUGGAAGAUCAAUACCGAUACCCGACCAUUGCCCAGAAGGUAGCCAGCCAGCUACAUCUCAGCUCCAGUCUCUCUCAGGAUGCCCAGACGCGCUAUGGAGCCUUCCCAAGGCCUGCUGUGUGCCAGAGGAAGUUUUCGUACGGAAAUUACACAAACGCAGGGUUGCAGUAUCCUUUCACCUGUAGAGCCACCCAGGAUCUCUCCUUGAUUUCUGCGAAUGCCUCGCCAGUUUUUGUUCAGGCUCCCCAAGAAAAGGGUUUUGCCAGCUUUGCUAUUGACUUUCUCAUGGGAGGUGUUUCUGCUGCUGUAUCAAAGACGGCAGCUGCCCCCAUUGAGCGUGUGAAGCUUUUGAUCCAAAACCAAGAUGAGAUGAUCAAGGCUGGUAGACUCUCUGAGCCGUACAAGGGCAUUGGAGACUGUUUCAAGAGAACGGUUCAGGAUGAAGGAUUCGGGUCAUUGUGGAGAGGAAACACCGCAAAUGUUAUCCGUUAUUUCCCCACUCAGGCAUUGAACUUUGCAUUCAAGGACUACUUCAAGAGGCUCUUCAACUUCAAGAAGGACCGUGAUGGCUACUGGAAGUGGUUUGCCGGCAACCUCGCAUCUGGUGGUGCCGCCGGUGCUUCUUCGUUGCUGUUUGUUUACUCGUUGGAUUAUGCCCGUACUCGUCUGGCCAAUGAUGCCAAGGCUGCUAAGAAGGGUGGCGAGAGGCAGUUCAAUGGUUUGGUUGAUGUUUACAGAAAGACCCUGAAAUCCGAUGGUAUUGCUGGGCUUUACCGUGGGUUCAACAUCUCAUGUGUUGGUAUCAUUGUGUAUCGUGGUCUGUACUUUGGGAUGUAUGAUUCAUUGAAGCCGGUUCUUCUGACCGGAGGACUCCAGGAUAGUUUCUUUGCUAGCUUUGCCCUCGGUUGGCUCAUCACAAAUGGUGCUGGCCUGGCCUCCUACCCGAUUGACACUGUGCGUAGAAGAAUGAUGAUGACGUCUGGUGAGGCGGUCAAGUACAAGAGCUCUCUAGAUGCAUUUACUCAGAUCCUCAAGAAUGAGGGCACCAAGUCUUUGUUCAAGGGGGCCGGUGCCAAUAUCCUGCGUGCUGUGGCUGGUGCUGGUGUGUUGGCCGGUUACGACAAGCUUCAGGUGAUUGUGUUUGGAAAGAAAUACGGCUCUGGUGGGGCUUAAGUGAGCCUGUCCAGAUUCCUUUCUUAAAGAUAAAAUUAGACGGUGAUGAAAAAAGAAAAACAAUUAUUUUCUUUAAUUGGAGAAUUCAUUCAAGGGGAGUUUUGCUUUGCUGGUUUUGAAAUAAUUUGGAACUUUUAAGAGGGUUUGGAUCUGGUUACUACUGUUUUCUGUCCCUUUUUGAUGUUUUUCAUUCAUGCUUUUUCUUGGUUCUUGGAAACUUGUCCUGGGAGAGGUUACUUUCAGUUUUGCUGACGGAUUAUUUAUCAUACAUUCGCCCUGUUGUGCGGAAAUUGAAUUUUAUACCAUNUUUUUUUUUUUUUUUUUUUUUUUUUUUUUUU